AAUCUUAACUUGAUAUCUUUCUGCUUUUUAUUUGGUAAUAUUGGAAAGGGAAAUUCAAGAAACAGAACGAAGACUUAGUAUUCAGUUUUGAAUCGAAUUGACUCGUAUCGAAUUCCUGGAUGGAGGGAACCAUCGUCCCUCCAAGCAUCACUUCAAUCCUCACAACUUUCCAACAGGAACAUGUGGCAUGCCUGAAGAUUUUAGCUCCUUUUUUCUUACCGCCGGUUCAGCAAUCUCAGAAAAAUCAAAUCGAGAUCAGCACCCCAUUUAGAACCGAUCAACUCUGAACCUUUUCUCCACGUGCCUAUCCUGUGCUGACGGCCAAAAGGAAGCCGUGCUGAGAAUAGUACGAACUACGCUUUCAGCGCUCAUGUUCCACUCAGUCAAGCAGUCGCUUGCGCUUCUUUUCCUUUGCGUCUCUCCUUUUGCUCUUGCUGGAGAUUUUCCUGCCAAGCGCGCGGCACCUGAGGCAGGAUAUUAUGAUCCUUCUAGCAAUGGGGGGUCUAUGUUGACGACAGUACUGGGCGAAACAUUUCCUGCAGGUCAGCAGGAGCCCAUAAACAUCAUAAUCUCAGGCAACUCGGACGCAACUGUUCUUGCCCUGCAGCAGACGGAUGGAGGGCUCCUAAAUUAUUUCUUGUCCUUGUCUUUCUCUGGUGAAUGCUUAGGCCUUCAUGAAGGAGACUCUGAACAAGCCAAUCUUGGAGACGGAAAAGGCCUUCUAAACCAAACGGCUGUUAUGCGCUACAACUAUGGAAACCCUGCCACAGGAACAUGUACAGAGUCCGUGCAAGGAGGAAAUCACUUCCGAUAUUGGGUGCAGAAUGGCACUGCGGCCAAUAGUGGGGCCAUCUUCAUGGCAGUGUCUUACGAAGAGUCAUCAGCGGACGGUCACGACAUUGUCACCAAUGGUUACAAUCUCGGCCGCGACUAUAUUGUCGGGAACAUUACUGGCUCCGAGAUCCCCACUCUUACUUUAAGCAACUCAUCGACGUACUCAGGAUCAACCUCCGCCGGAAACUACACGUACCAGACCAGCGUCACGUAUGCUUCAGGCCUCUUGCAGAACACAAGCGUCGGGAUCAACCACAACCUGACCGUAGGGGUAGAAGGCGUGACGAACGCUGUAGACGGUCUUGUCGCUAUUCUCGAUGUCUCGAUUUCAGCGCGCCCAGCAAACUCCAGCACGGACUCGUCACAAAACAGUCAAGGUAGCACCAGUUGGAAAUCACACCCAGAGUUAUGGGCUCUGGCAACCUUCGUUUGUCUUCUUUCAUCUAUGGCUCUAUAGAUUCCUUUCCUAUCCAGAUGGACCUUUCGAACAAUGUAUUAUCCAUAUAUCUUAUACCGUACUAUCCACUCUUAUCCCGAAAGCCGACAAUUUGCGUAAUCUGUUUGUUGACACACCUGUAUAGUAUCACGUCAAAACGCCCACUAAGAAUUGAAGUUGGCGGCGAUCAACUGGCACGCUUACAUCGGGCCGACGUGGCUAUGAUGCGCUUCCCGCUCCGCCGAAGAAGGUGGACAUUCCAUAUCUUUCCCGUCUUUGACCAUAUGUGUCAUCUCCCUGUC